AUGCCACCACGAAACAACCCCCUCCCAGCGGCCGUCCGCCUCUUCAACUGCACAAUCUGCGAUAAAGGCUACCCGCGGCAACUCGACUACGAAAACCACCUCCGUUCCUACGACCAUAACCACCGCCAACGUCUCGCCGACAUGAAGAAGCUCACUGCCUCCAACGAUACCGAGAGCAACAAGCCGAAACAGGGUCUCGAGAUGCGGAGUAUAGAUGUGGAGAAUGCGAAUAAGAAGCCGGGGGUUGGGAGUCGGUUUACUAAGAUUGGGGGUGGUGGGAAUGCUGCGGCGGGUGGCAGGUUCAAGAAAGUUGGGGUUGCGGUAGGUGGGAAGGAUGGUGUGGAGGAGAAGGCUGAGGUGGUGGUGGUGAAGACGGAGGAUAUGCCUGAGAAGAGUAUAGAAGUACCGGUUGCAGCUGCGAUGCCCAUCGCAGAGGCCGAGGUCAAAAAGGAAGAGGACACAGUCAUGGCGGAUGAGGAAAAGGCAAACGAGAUUACAUGGGAGGAGUACGACUUCACAAAGCCGACUGGGUGCGAUCACGCGAGUUGUCUUGGAUGCAAGACAGACGGCAUCUGGAGCGGUGGUUGGGUGGCUGUGGAUGCUGUUUGA